AAUGGUCGGGUUAUGUUCCAAGCUCUAAGACAGCCGCUCUUACGGAGUUCCGACUUCCGACGACGGAAAGAGGAGGCUGGGUUUGCUAGUCGUCUUCGAUCAGAUGUGCAGAAGCUAUGAGUACUGAAGAAGCACCUGGAUCUGUUGAUGCGGACAGUGGUAGUGGAUUUGCUGAUACUGCAACCAAGGUGAUUGAUGAUAGAGCACCCUUGUGGAAAUAUGUGGAGAAGCAGGAGAAGAAGGGAGGAUAUUACAAAUGGAAAUGUAAUUUCUGCCAUACGGUCUUCAACAGCUCGUACACUAAAGUACGUAUUCAUUUGUUGAAAGAAAAUUCAACGGAGAUUCGAAACUGCGCCAAGGUUACUGAUGAUGCUUAUAAUGAGAUGUCUAGAUUGGUGCAAGAGUGCAAAGAUAGGUUAGAUUCUAGAAAAGUUCAUAUAAAACCAUCAUCAAGAUGCACUCGAGGGACUUCAUCCAGUAGGAGCAGUGAAGUUGUUGAUUACUUGCUACAGAAGCAGAAGUUGACUGAGAAGAUUGAAGGGGUACUACGGCGAGCUGAUGCAGAUAUGCAGUGGUGGAAAUUGGGUUGUGAGGAACAUAAUGUGCUGAUGAACGAAAUGAAGAAGUUGGAGAAUGAAAAAAAGGACUUAGAGGAAGUUAUACGGCAACAGAAUAUAUUGAUACAACAAUUGGACAAGGACAUAUCUGAUUAUCAGCAGGGAAAGGGGAAGAAAGAGGGUGGGAGAGAGGACGGUGAGUGUGUUGGAAAAUAGAAGCACAUGAUAUGACCUCCUCUCCCUGCAGGGUACCGAGGACUUGAGGAGAGGUUAGAAACAAAGGGGAUUACAUUGAUCAUCCUGUAUGCCAUAGCUUUUAACAAAAACUCUAAUGUCUUGUGUCAAAAUUUCUGAUCAUAGGCAAUGAAAGUUGAGUUGUUGUUUUCAAAAUGUAUGUUAAGGUGGGAAAUGUGUUGAUUUUUACCUGUAGAUUUUCUGGUUUGUAUUUAGUCAUGUUCACUUUAGAUCUUGCUAUUUGAUACUGCAAUGUGACUCCCAAUCAAGGCAUGAUUGAGGGUAUACUGCAUCGAUAGGGAAUAUUCUUUAAGUUUCUCAUAUUCUACACUAAUGAUUUCUUUAUGUUGCUCAUGUAUCAGUAAAAUGCAACACUGAAAUUGUGGUUAUUCUACCUUGUUAAAACUUCAGUUGAUUAUCAGAUCGCAUGAAGGCCCUGAUGCACGUGAGUAGAGGCCUGGUCUUGGAGGAAUGGAUAAAGGGUACACCAUAGAUCACGUCGUAGAGUCUGGGAAGCUCAUUAUUUUAUUUAGUGCGCCAGAUUAUCCACAAUUUCAGGGUACUGAGGAGAGGUAUAGAAAUAAAGAGGCUUACAUUAAUUUUGAUCAUCCUGAAUUUCAUAGUUUUGAAGCAGUUACUCCAAGACCACAGGUAAAAGCAUACUAUGAUAAUGAAAAUGCAAUUGAUUCUGAUGAGGAGUUGGACUGGGCAUCAAUGGCAACCAGUCCUUGAUGAUCCCUCCAUCAGCUGGUGUUCAUCACAAUAUGUAAAUUCGGUUGGAACUUCUCAUUUAAUUACCGUCGUGUUUGGAUCUCACUAGGCUAUACACCAAGACUAAAGGCGGGGGGUUUCUUGGUUUUAUUGUGCGAAUCUCUUUCUUUGUGAUUUUUUUUUCUGAUCUUAGGAUAUACAAAAGCCUUUCUAGUAAUUGGUAGUGUAACACAAUUCAUACAUGUGUUUGGAAACUGUUAUUAUUUCUGAAAUAAAUAUU